AUUUCUGUCACGAGCUGGCUCGAAGAACAACAGGAGAGGUAGAGUCAGGCGCAGGAGACAGAGAGUUCGUGACCACACUUCUUUAUUUGAAGCAACUGGAUGUGGUCGCCAAAAGUAUAGGGGCGCAACCCUUAAAUAUUCUGCGGUGGUGUACACAAAGAAAAUAAACCACUGGCAGAAGGAAAACUCAGUACACGUUCUUUUAGCACAAAACCCCGGACAAGCAACACAAUCACGUACAACCACAUACAUCCUACGCUAACCUAAAUAACCCCCCCUUACUAAUGACUAACCCAAAACAGGUGCGUGCCUACCUAGACCUAACCAAACGAAAGUGAAACAAAAAGGGAUCGAUGGUAGCUAGUAGGCCGGCGACGACGACCGCCGAGCUCCGCCCGGCCGAGGAGGGGCGCCACCAUCCGUCACUGUCGUGACAUACACUGACUCUCUCCCCUUAAACCUGCUGCUAAUAUAUUUACUACGUGUUGCAUAUUAGAGUCAAAUGAUUCAUUGCCAAAUGAUUCAUGCCCAAAAUGAUUCACGGUCAAAUGAUUCACGGUCAAAUGAUGCCCUCUGAUAAUGCAACAGUUGAAAUGGGAUUCAUCUGGGAAGUAAAAAAAAUAUUGUUACAUUCACAGUUGUCAUGACAUGAAAUAAACAUUGUUUUGUAUCAUGAACUACAAUAUUCAAAGAAUUACUAUGCUAUUUAAAUAGGUUGUUGAAUAUAAUGAAUAAUACAACAACAAAAAAUCCAUGAAUGACAACUGCCACAGAACAUAACAUUUGUAACCUAGUUUUUAUCUCCACAAUCACUGAUGGGAAGCAAUAUCAUGUUUAUCUACCCUUCAAGUUAUAAUACACAGCCACUACAAUUCAGGACAUUCCCAACAUACACACAUUGUUUAGCCAUAAUUAUGACUUUGUAACUGUGGUAACUAGUGACGACCAGAGAGAAGGGUUCUGACUAGGUGGAAUACAGCUAUGUAUUCCACCUAGUCAGAAGUGACUUUUUCGUAGCAGGUUAGGAGAACUUACGCAGCAGGUUAGGAGAAUUAACGUAGAAGGUUAGGAGACUGAGGUUAAGGUUAGGGUUAGUUACAUUGCUCUCCUAACCUGUAACGAAAAGUAACAUCCGGUCGUAACUGUACUCCUUCUAGUCACAGCCAGAGAGGAGGGCUGACAGCAGCCAAUACUGUGGCUCUGCAGAUGCUUGGGAAUCCAAUGCAUGUAGCCUGAUCAGUCAUUAAUUAGGCUAAAUUACUUGACAAAAAUGUUUGUUAGCGGAAUUUUGCAACCCUAAUUUAACUGUAAAGAAACGCUCCACUUCACUAGAGGGUGCUUUUUGGCCCUGGUCAAAAGUAGUGCACUAUAAAGGGAAUAGGGUGCUAUUUGGCAUGCAGACCCGUGACAUGUUUGUUUGCCAUUAUAUCAUUGAAUAAGAACUAAGAGAAUGUAGCAUUUAUGUCAUUAAUAUAUCAGAACUCAAGACUACAACAUUAGUAGGUAUGCAUGGGGGGGCGGGGGAUAUCAUGAGUUUUGUAAAAAUAACCAUAAUAUAUGUGGACCACUAAGAUGUUUGUUUGCGUUUGUUGAAAAUGAUAUUGUACAUUGGUUACACUGUCUGUCCUUCCUGUUCUCUUCAACCAGUGUCAUGAGCCCCGUUUAUACCUGGUUCUAACAUGAGUCCUUUGUCCUAAUCUUGUCCACAUUCUGGCUGUGCGCACAUUUUCAGACAGGUGUAGAUGAUUCACGCAUUGUGAUGUGAUUGUGAUCAGAUCUUCUUGCCCACCUCUGAAGGUAGUUAGGCACGCAUUGAAUAUGGACAAGAUCAGGACACAGGUAACACCAGGUAUAAAUAGGGCCAAGAUCUGCCUGUGUGAUCAUCAUAAUAAUAAUAUCAGUAAUAGUAUUAUGGGAAAUAGCCAUCAGAAAUAUAAUAAAAGCAUCAUAUUGAAGAAAUAUGUUUUUUAAACAUUGUUGUCGAAGCACCCUCAAGUGCGUCCGAAAUGGCACUAUAUUCCCUAUGUCAAGGUAGGCAACCUGUUCCUGGAGUGCCUCAGGUACUGCAGGAUUUUGUUCCAACUAGGCACCACACCUGACCAACUGAGCUAAUUGAUCAAUUCAGUGAUUGCCUAAAUUCAACACACCUGUGUUGUGGAUCGCAGGGGUGUCCAACCCACCAUAGGGCCCUGGUCAAAAGUAGUGCACUCUAAAGGGAAUAGGGUGCCAUUUGGAAUACACAGUCGGACAUGUUAUAUAGAAAAGGAGGAAUGAGGAGAAGAAAAAACAACCCUGGUUAAUUUUUCUAAAUGUUUGUAUUGUAAUAAUUACUAUCUAGUGGGGAUUUCUGAUAAGUUGGGUUUUAAACAAAUGCAAACAGAGAAGAAAGGAGAGAGAGGAGAGGAAGGAGGGAGGAGAGAGGUCAAGAGAGAAAGGGAUGAGAAGAUGAGAGGAAAGAGAGAGGGGAGAAGAGGAGUGUUACCAUGACGUCAGCAUGUCUCCCUGGGGGACCAGUCAAAUUUAGGGUAAUCUAACUGUGGUCUGAUACUGUCCAUUUGUAGGCUGCUUCUGGCCCAACCCAUCGGUUUCUGGAACCAAUCAGAACAGUCAGAAUGAGUUUGCAUUCUAGAAAUCACCAGGGAGGGUGGCAAAUCCAUACGCAUCAUGGAGAAGAAAUGUCAGUUGGUCGGAGCGAUGUGAAUAGGUAGCCAGGCAAGGGUAGGUAGGCUAUCCAUCCUUCUUCAAUGCACUGAUCAGACAUGACUGCUCUGGUGGAAUCCGUACUGAAGAAUUAUUAUGUUUAACUUGUAUAGGAGAAGAAAAAUACUUUAUUAUGGAAAUGAUGGAAAUGUGUAUUCUGCUGUACCCAACACACACACACACACACACACACACUAGGUUGGAGAGGCUGGAUCUGUCAUAGAGGAGGAAGGAUGCAUUUUUCUGAAUACUUAUGGCAGGUACCCUACACAUAGCCUAGGUGUUGUCUUAGUUGGGCUACAUAUUAAUGUUAUCAUGUAAUUACAUAAUUGUCCAAUUUAAAUGCAAUAUUCAGCUCAGAAUUCACUUUCAGGAUAUCUGGGUAGGCCUAAUAUACUGUCUAUGGAGAUUUGUUUUGACAAGCUCUUGAAAUCGAUGGGCUUUUUAGGACGUUGUUUUGAUGUUCUACGCUCACUCGGCCGUUCGCUCACAUUCCGGAUUUAAACUGGGGUGUAUUCAUUAAGAACCAAACGGAAAUAAACGAGCAGAAACGGGGAGGGACUAACCUGAGAAACGCUCGUUUUCGUUGCAAAACAUUGUGCUACGCUAUGCACUUGUGAAGUCAACCCUGGCAGGUACUGUUUUACUCUCUCUUUCCUCUCCUCUCUCAUCCCCUUCUCUCUUCACCUCUUUUAUCUACUCACCCCCCUAUCUCCUUUCUUCUCUGCAUUCGUUUUUAAAACCAAAGCGCCCAGUUUUAGUGAUACAACAACACCACGUUUAGUAGCCAAACGUCGACGACAUGAGUAGCUUAGAGCUGACGCUAUUCCAUGGUAUCUCUAUCUGAACGUUCCAAAACGUUCCAUGCGGCUGAACUCGCCCAAAUAAUGUUUUUAUACGCGGAAGUAUAAGUGAAAGUAAAAAUAGCUAAAGCUACUUAAGAAAGAUAGAUAGAAAGAUUUUGGGGACAAGGUAAGGCUUUUCUAACAAUCGAUAACGGAUUGUGAAACCAACACAUGAUGUGCUGUGCCCAGCCUUUGUCCUACUACUUAUUUAUUUUUCUUUUUUUACUAUUAAAUGCGAAUUAUUUGGCAAGUUUGUGACUAUAUACCCAUGGAACAUAUACAUUAAAGACAACUGCUCUUUCCAUGAGUUGGUCCUGCUGCCCCCCUGGGUGCACGUUUUGGUUUUUGCCCUAACACUACACAGAUGAUUCAUAAAACCAACUCAUGAUCAAACAUAGAUUAUUUUAAUAAUCGUUUUUGCCGGAAUUCUCAAUUUCUAAUAUGUGUAAACACAAGUGCGGGAUUUACUUCUGGGUUAACAGAGAUUAACACAUGCCCAAUGACCAUAGUUUAACUGUCAUACAUCAUUUGUCGAACCCAAUCAGAACCCCAAGUAUAAGCUUGUUUUAACCAAUUGUCAUAGAUACAUUGACAUUCAGUUGGUGUAUGUUUUUUCAAAAUAUAAUAUUUUUUAAAGAAAAAUAAACAUACUCAUUAUUUGACUGUUCUACUAUUGACUGACUAUAUACUAUCUUCUAGAUAUCCUUCAUGUUGGGACAUACCAGUGAUGGGGCAGAAUCCCACCCUGUGACAUGGCUUGUACAAGGCAAUCUGCUUUAGAGUACAUUCAAAAUGGAAGGAGACUUCUUGUUGAAAGGCUCCGGAAUCUGUCCCUCAUUGUGGAAAACCUGUUCCAGCGCAAGGUUCUUCACGAGGAGGAAGUCAGUAAAAUUCAGGCAGAAGUUGAUCGUUUUGACCAAAACAGAAAAAUACUGGACUGGGUCACGGCCAAAGGAGAAGCUGCAUGCUACGAAUUACUGAUGAUUCUAGACAUCACAAGGAAGAGGACCUUAGACAAUGCUGACUUACAGCAAUGGAUAAGCUGCUUCCCCUUCAAGGAAGACCCAAAGAUGACAGACUACCUUGUUUGCAAGUGAUAUAUUAGUGAUAUAUUAUAUUAUACAAUUAGUAUCCAGUACGUAGUAUACAUUUUUUUUAGUUGCGUUUCAUUUAGCUUACUGUGUGCAUCGGGUGGACAGGGUUUCUGUUGGCACAGUGCAUUUACUCUCUCUUUUCCUUUGUAUCAUUAUUUUAGGUUCAAAACCGUGUCACAGAUAUCAGUCACAGCUGAAAUGUAAAGCUCGAAGGAUCACAGAGGGUGCAUGGAAACAAACCUGUAGUCUCCUACCAGAGAGAUGUAGAAAGGAGGUGACUUUCUCUUACACUCCGCUUGUGUUAGAUACAGACGUGCCUUCAUCUCUCUCUAAAAUCAAAAUGAAGAGCAAAAGAUGCAAGAAAGCUCGCCCUAAAGAGCUUCAUCCCCAUGGCCAAACAGGAAACAUCCCCGGCUGACCUGCUUAAAACACCCAAGAGAAGGAUAGUCUUAGUUGGAAAACCUGGAAUUGGAAAGACAGCAGUCGCCCAUCAAAUGUUGAACCUCUGGGCAGAGGAAGAUCAUAGAGAACUAAAUUACAUGUUUUAUUUUGAUGUGAGAGACAUUUCACCCAGCACGAAUCCCAUGAGACUGGAGGACCUUCUCUUUAACAUGUACAGUGAGCCAGAAGAAAGUAGAGAAGAAGUGUUACAGGAUAUUAAGAAGAACUCUGAAAAUGUUGUCAUCAUUUUUGAUGGAAUCACAGACCUCUCCUUUCAUUCAGUAAUAAAGAAACUUGUCGACAAGGACCUCCUCCCUGAUGCAAAGAUUGUGAUCACAUGCAGACCAGAGGUUCCAUCAGGAGACUUCCUGACAGACUGGCCCUCGUUCCGAGUGGAGGUGAAAGGGUUUAGUAAUGAGUCCAUCCGGGCUUACUUAACAAAGAUGCUAAGUGCUGAGCCUAACCCUACGCCAAACCAUGACUCCUUGAGCAGUGUGUUAAACAACCUAGAGUUGUUCAGUCUGUGCCAUGUCCCGAUGUAUGCAUUGAUGGUGGUUGCCUGCAUUUAUUAUUCUACCCCAGAGGCUUCUAAGCAGCCAUGGCCUACAACUAAGAUGUACAUCAACAUCCUCCGUUACUGCAUCCUAAAACACAGUGGCAAACAGAUGAAUGAUCUUGACAAGUGUCUCAUAGAAAACAGAGAAAAAAUAUUGUCUUUAGCAAAAAUUGCUUUUUAUGCAACACAGCAAAAAACAAUGAACUUGACAGAACUGAGCUGCGAAGUAAGCAGUGUCCAGUUUUCUUUCUUGGGGGCGCUUAUGAUUAUGGUCGAGCCCACAGUAUCGGACACUUACUCUGCAUUUCUCCAUUACACAAUGCAGGAGUUCGUUGGUGCCCUUUGGCUCUUACAGAAUCCAGACAAAAUCAGAGAGUUUCUACAGAAGUGCCAGACAGAAGAAUGGAAACACACAAAACACAUGGUUCCUUUCAUGUGUGGGCUUCUGAAUGAGAGGAAUAUUCGAUUGGUAAAUGGUCUUGUUCCAGCUCAACAGAUCAAGAUGACGUCAGAUUGGUUCUUCAAGGAAGUGGUGAACACAUUUCUUCCACUUCAAACAAACCAAGAUCAUGCAGAAGGUGGUGCUCCUGAGUUUGAGGUAGAUCUUUUGUUUUUAUGUCAGUGCUUGUAUGAAUCUCAGUCUACUGAGGCCUGUUUGCUUCUUCUGGACAAACUGGACUACAAUCUAGACCUGGAUGAAGAACAUCUUGAUCCUCACCAGUGCUGUGCAGUCUCCUAUAUGAUCAGUCAGUCUGCAGAGAGAAAGGUUGACUUGGACCUGAACAGCUGCACUGUGUCAGACCUAGGACUAAGGCUGAUACUGGGCUCUCUGAAGAAUGUCCAAUAUCUCAGAUCUGACCCCUCAAUGCUGUGUCAACUCUGGACAACUUUGCUGAGCGGUGAGGCAGACAUUGACUUCACCAGCUUACUUGGUCUCUGUGGAAAUGAGUUGCGCCUUCCAUUCCUGGGUGAAAGACGAGUGUUUGAGAGAGCAGAAGAAGUGAUGAAGCAGAGCCUAGAGAGGGUUAACCUCUGUCUCCACUGGGAUCGGAGACCUCUUCUCAGUGAAACUCUCAGCAAGACCAUUUUAAAGUGUUUACCACAUAUCAACAAACUCAAUUUUACCCCACUACCAGAUCAGAGAGAAUCCCCUGAAAAACUAGAGAAAGAAGAGAAAGCAGUCCUACUAGAUUUGUGUCUACAAGCAGGAUUAAAUCACAGAGAAACAUUCAAGGGUACUGUGAACACACUGCUGUCACUGUUCUCUGUGUAUCAAACUGAAAGGUAUGACAUCCUGCUGGAUCUGUACUCACAUGUGAAGUACAAUAGGAAACAAACAGGCAGAAGUAUCCUUCCAUCAUUGGGACCACUUUACCAGCCAGCUCCUGCAGUCUGGUUCAUAGACCUCUCAGAGAGAAAGGUCUCCCUCCUACGAGAAGUGCUGAAACUCCAACCAGAGAAAAAAUCCAUAGAGCUGAAAGGCUGGUCAGAUGAAGAGAGUGAAGUGAGGAGUUUCCUUCAGUGUCUGCCCUACAUCUCACAGCUCAGGAUUUCUCCACCACAGGAUCAGAUCGGAUCCCCUGAAGAGUGGAGAAAGAGAGAGAAGACAUUCCUACUGAAUCUGUGUCUUCAAGCAGCCAUCCAUGAGAGAGAAACCAUACAAACAACUGUAGAGAAAGUGUUGUCACUGUCUGAAGUUUAUCACGAUCGGAAAUGGGAUUUCCUGCUGGAUCUGUACUCACAUGUGAAGGACUAUGAGACUCAAACAGGCAGGAGUGUCCUUCCAGCAUUACAGCCAGUUUACCAGUCAGCUCCUGCAGUCUGGUCCAUAGACCUCUCAGAGAGAAAGGCCUCCCUCCUCCAAGAAGUGCUGAAACUCCAACCAGAGAAGAAACCAGUAGAGCUGCGUGACUGGUCAGAUGAAGAGAGUGAAGUGAGGAGUUUCCUUCAGUGUCUGCCCUACAUCUCACAGCUGAGUUUUACUUCACCACAAUAUCAGAGAAGAUUCCCUGAAGAGUGGAGAAAAAGAGAGAAGAUAUUCCUACUGAAUCUGUGUCUUCAAGCAGCCCUCCAUGAGAGAGAAACCAUACAAAUAACUGUAGAGAAAGUGUUUUCAUUGUCUGAAGUUUAUCACGAUCAGAAAUGUGAUUUCCUGCUGGAUCUGUACUCGCAUGUGAAGGACUAUGAGACUCAAACAGGCAGGAGUGUCCUUCCAGCAUUACAGCCAGUUUACCAGUCAGCUCCUGCAGUCUGGUCCAUAGACCUCUCAGAGAGAAAGGCCUCCCUCCUCCUAGAAGUGCUGAAACUCCAACCAGAGAAGAAACCAGUAGAGCUGCGUGACUGGUCAGAUGAAGAGAGUGAAGUGAGGAGUUUCCUUCAGUGUCUGCCCUACAUCUCACUGCUGAGCUGUGAUUCUGACAGGUUCUUCCAGCGUGUGUGUGAAUCCAUCCCUGUGAGGUCCAGAGAGGAUGCCCAGCAGUUGGCCUCUCUCCUCCAGGCCUUGGGCUCCACCCUAUCACUGGGAGGACAGUUACCCAGGAAAACAUGCAGGUCUGUGGGGAGAGUCCUAGGCCUCUGUGCCUCCAGAGUGGACCUCACUCUCACCCCCAGCAAGAUCUCUCUGAAAGGAGCCUCGCUUCUCUUCACACAUGUGUCACAGCUACACAAGCUCAGGCUGAAUGUGGGCAUGGCAGUGAGACUGGCCAGACUGGUUAGGAGGACAGGGAGAGGGGGUACUCCACUGACUGUCCCAGAACUCUCCCUGGUCCUGAAGAGCAGCCAGCCACCAGAGAGAGUGUUAUCCAGAGCUCUGAGUAGUGUGGCGUCCCUGCUGAGACUCUGGACGGUGCAGUGUCUGGACCUGACUGACUUCUGCAUCCAGGGUCACUCUCUCAUCACACUGCUGUGUCACCAGGACCCUCUCACUCUCAGACUGCACUCAGACACUCUGCAGCAGCUGGCUGUAGCUGUGUAUGAAGCUCAGGACAAGGACUUGACUCAGUGGUUCCUGGAGAAGGUUGGUGGAGACCUGACCUCCUGCAGGCUGGACUGGGACGUGCUUCUCUCUCUGCUGCAGCAUUCAACCCACAACAUCACAGUGGACCUCAGGAAGAACAGGCUUCUAGAGAAGAACAUCUCAGAUCUUCUCCCCUUUCUGGGAAGGGUUAUAUUCAAGAGAAGGCUCAGUUCCAGCUUUGUGAAGUCCACCAUCAGACAGAUCUAUGACAGUAGAGACAGUGACUGUGUGUCCAGUUUGUUGAGGUCUUCAGACCAUUGGAUCAACCUGAGCAGCAGAGAGCUGGACAGAGUGGACUGUACUGCUCUGUGUUUCACCCUGCAGCACAGCCACCAAGUCAAAGUCAACCUGCUGUGGACCUCCAUACCACCGGGGGAGAUAGAGAGCAUCCUGCCUCUUCUGGACAGAGUCUCCCAACUCAGUGUUGACAGGAAGCUGUUGCUGAGUUUCCUCCACUCCUGCACUGCCUCUCAGAUCCUGCAGGGGGCACUAUCACCACCACCAACGAUAACAACAACAGCAGCAGAGCUGCUCAGGGCUCUGCAGCACAGGCUGGACUUCUCCUGCUCCUCCUCUGUGGACCUGUCAGCUCACGACCAGGGGGAGGCGCUGUGUCUGACCACUGACCACUGUAGGGCCAUAAACUCUGUUCUGAAGCAGAGCCAACACAGCACACGGGUGGUUCAGAACCCGACCCGAAACCAGCCCCGACCCCAGCCCCAGGUGCAGCUCAUCCUAAAAGACUGUGAGGUGGAGCACGGAGCACUGAGAGAGCUGCUUCCCAUCUUGCAUAUUGUCAAGCUGAGCCCCAGCAAAGCUCUGCUACUUCAGCUGCUGGACCAUGUGUGUGAAGGGAUUGAAGAGGGGGUUCUGAAGCACACAGAGUCCCUGUGCAGAGCCCUGGAUGGGGAGCUGGACCUCAGUAAGACCAGGCUGAACCAGAAGGCCUGUGGAUCUCUGGGCCUGGUUCUGGAACACUCAGAGGGGCUGUCAGAACUGGACCUCAGCCACUGCCAACUCACAGACUGCCAUCUACAGCCCCUGCUCACACACCUACACAAAGUUGAAGUCCUGGACCUGAGUCACAAUGACAUCACUGAUGCUCUGACCGACAGAAUACUCCAAUUGGUCUCUACCAACACUUCAAUACGCACCGUACGGCUCUUCAACAACAGAAUCAACGACAGAAGUCCGUUCCUGACAGACAAGAGGUUUGAGAUCUGGUGAAGCAGCAUCAGGUCCAAGUCCAGACAGAGGAAGAGAAGAUGGAUGUUGAGCAAGAGAAGAUGGAUGUUGAGCAAGAGAAGAUGGAUGUUGGAGAUGGGUGUAGUAGCUACGAAGCCUCGGCAGGGUGAGACUAGAGGGACUUUUCUGACCAGCAUCUCAUCAACCUUGACCCUAACUGUAACCUAAUUUUAACCAAUUCUUAAAUAUUGAUUUGCAUGUCAGCCACAUCCCCUUAGUUUUUAGCUGACCUCAUCAUGGUGUCAGACGAACGGCAAGUGAUUUUGGGACUAAGGUAUUGUAAAAAUAGUCGAGACUCCAGAACUCUGGAAUGUUCUGAGUGUAAUGGAUAGGAAUGUGUAGUUUUAUGUACCUCUUACAUGGUUCUUAAAAACACAGGAACAUGUGUAGUAUAACGUUUUUGGAGCUUUACUUAACUUGAUGAUUUUUGUGAUCAGUCAAUUUGUGAAAUUCCUUCAGAAGGAAUAGAUUGUAUAUGCAUUUCUAUAGUCUAGUAUUUAUCAGGUGGAUGGGAACGUGUUCUACAGUUGCAGUGGGAGACUUAAUACAUGAGUGUUUUGUUGCAGGUCAACUGCAUGGUAUUGUGUUACUCAGGCUAGCCUUGUUGUGGACCAAGCUUCCCUAUUCAGGAAGCAAGAGGUGUGUUGAGUUCGCUUGAACGUUUGCUACGUUGUGCAACGGUUUGUACUGAAUGACACGUUUCCCCAAAAUGUUCUUGAACAGACUUCGAGGUACAUUUGGUGGGUGUGGCGAGGUGUGGCUUGAAGCAAUGAGUGACGUAUUUUUAUUUUUAAAGGGCAGUGGCCAUGCUGACAGCAUUCUCCAACCCACAACCCAACCCUUCCCCAUUUUUCAACUGGUUGUUCAGUACAGCACCGUUUCCGUACAAUUGAACCUUUUCAGAACGUAAAAACAUACUGAUCGCAGCCCUGGUGAAGUCCAUGGCAGAAAGUAACUACAAGUGUGGUGGAAACCAUUGAUGCCUCGCAACACGUCAAACCAAUCAAUUGCCUUGCUUAUGCGGAGCACUAAAGGUGCCCACUAGUGUAGUAGGAGCAACAGUGUGAGAGGAUGCCCAGGAAAUUGCUGAUGUAUAACAUAGCCUUUAUGUACACACACCAUAACAAAAUGUAUUUAGUAGAGCAGUUGUAAUACCUUCAUCGACGUGUGAAGAACAUUACACGCAGCUUCCUUUUUAGGGGCAUGUGGGGGAGGUUUCUUAAAAUAUAACAUCCAAUCAAAAUGUAGCUGCUGGAACCCAGCAAACCAUUCUAACUGUUUUGGCUAAUACAAAAUUCUCCAGACCUCCAAAGGAGGCAUGACAACAAUGUGAUUUUGGAGGUAUGGCUACAUGAGACUAGUACAAGCCUUUCUCAUAUCAAAACAAACUAUAAGAAAUAAUACAUGAAUAUUUUGUGUUUUUAAUAAAUGUACCUUGAGGCCCAUGA